ACGAGCAUAGGUUUAUCGUUUAUCGGUCACAGGACAAUAUAGAACAAUAUAGGGUGAGGGUCUCGGCUAAAAUAUAUUAUGGGCUAUAUUAGUCUUAUUAAAAUCGAUUAUUUACUUUUCCUGUUUAAUUAUAAAUUAUAAUUAAACGAACACAGAUUAUACUUUAUCCAGCACGUGGUCUUUAUGGUCUUCGCCUUCCUGUGAUCACAGGUCACUGCUGCUCAGCGGUUAAGAUCGUAGAAAUUAACAUGGGCAAGCGAAAGUUGACCGAUAAGUCGCCGUUGUCGUCGAAUGCUCAACCAGUCAUCAAAUAUAAACGUACUAGCGAUCAAUCUCCACCCACCAAUGGUGCAAAAACGCUUACCGAAGAAGAGUAUUCAAAAUUAAAACUCUAUUUAAAAGAGAAAAAAAAAAUUCUGAAAACUUUCCCACGAAUAUUACUUAAUGCCCGUGGACAAUUGUCACAGUUAAAUGAUCAAGGUUUCAGUGAAAGUCCAUUAUUACCUUCUGACCUAAAUGAGUUAAUUUUAUAUUCUAUUUAUGGUCCUGGAAAAUAUGUUCCAAAAUGGUCAAGUUUAGAAAUGCAAUGCAAUUUAAAUCAAACUUGUGUGUUAAUAAUUGAUGGAUGUGAAGUAAAAACUAAAGAAGAUUUUUUAAAUUUUAAUAGUUCUCUGCCAAUUUUUUCAAAGUAUAAAUUUUUACCACCUAUUGAAGUUGAACUCCCCCCAAGUUGGUGUGCUGAUUAUGAUUUCGACACUACAACUUCAACAAACAAUGAAUCUACACCAACACAAAAAAAAGAUACGGAGAAUAAAGAAAUUUGCUCUCGAACACGUUUAUUGAUGUCUUUAAAUCAAAUGAUGGUUCAUAAUUAUCCUUUACCUACCAAUAAACGUCAAUUUACAAUGGAUGGUUUCCGUUUUACAAAAAAUCAUUACUUGCCUGUUACCGAUGACAGUCCAAUGUAUGCAAUUGAUUGUGAAAUGUGUUAUACAUCGAUUGGUAGAAAUGAACUUACUAGAGUUUCCAUUGUUAAUGAACAAUUAGAGGUAAUAUAUGAGUCUCUGGUGAAACCAGCAAACAAAAUUACAAAUUAUUUAACUGUAUAUUCUGGAAUCACAGCUUCAAAACUUAAAGAUGUCAAAACCACUUUAACUGAUGUACAAGAUGAUAUAAUAAAAAUAUUAUCUCCAGAUUCAAUUUUGAUUGGACAAUCAUUAAAUUGUGACUUGGAAGCAUUAAAGUUAUUCCAUCCAUACAUUAUAGACACUAGUGUUAUUUUCAAUUUGAAUGGAAAUAAAGGGUCUAAAAGUAAACUAAAACUUUUGGCCAAAAAUUUUCUGGAUAUGAAUAUUCAAUGUGGUAACCUUGGACAUGAUUCUAUUGAAGAUAGUCGUGCUACAAUGUUACUCGUUCAACUAAAACUAUGCAAAUCGCUGACUUACGGUGAUGCAUAUUUAAUUGGUCAGAAGAGAUUAGCUGAAUUUGUAAAUAAAAAAGUUAAAAUAAAUGUCAAGCAUAUAGAAACAUUUAAAAAGUUCUUAGCAUUAUUACAGAGUGUUUCAGAAAGUUCAGCCAAAGAUGAAAUCCCUCCCCAACUUGCUACUGACUAUAUAUCCUAA